AUGGCUGCUGCUAUGGAAAUGCUGCAGGAAUUGCAGAGCAAAAUCACCUGUAGCAUCUGUAGGAGCUACUUCUCUGAGCCAGUCACUCUGGAGUGUGGGCACAGCUUUUGCAGAGCAUGUCUAUGCUGGAGCUGGAGAAUUGGAGCUCCAGCUUUCUCUUGUCCUAAAUGCAGGCAAGUGUCCCAGGUCAGAGAAUUCCCAGUAGUCAAUAGGCACCUAGCACAGCUGACUGACCUGGAAAAACAGCUCAGCUCCCAACUUUUGCAGAGUAUUCAAGGACAGAGCCAGUGUGUCAGGCACAAAGAGGUCUUCAAGCUCUUCUGUGAAGAUGACCAGACACCACUCUGUGUGAGAUGUUCCCAAAGCCCAGAACAUGGGGCUCACAUGAUCUGUCCUAUAGAAGUGGCUGCUCACAAUUGCAGGGAGAAGCUCCAGCACAUUCAGAGUCACUUAGGGAAGUGUUUUGAAGAAUCUAAGAAACUUCUUGCUCAGGAGAAACCUGCUGUUGACUGGCACUGGAGGAUCGGAGUAGAAUACAACAAACUGCACUGCUUCCUGAUGGAGGAAGAAUCCCGAUGUCUAGGAAAGAUAAAGCAAGAGCAAAGGGCAAGCGAGGACAGACUAUCCCAGCACAUACAAAGCCUUCAGGACCUCAUGCUAGAGCUGCAGGAAGCAGACCACCAACCCAAUGUGGAUCUGCUACAGGAUGUCAAGCAGUUGCUGAGAAGGAGUGAGUCAGUGUUGUCCCAAAGGUCCAAGGCUGUCCUCCCAGAGCUGAGGGAAUAUCCCAUCCCUGGCAUGAUAGAGUUACUCAGCCGAUUCAGAGUGGACAUCACAAUGAAUCCUGGGCCAACAAGUCCCUGUGUAACUGUUUCUGAGGAUCUGAAGAGUGUGAAAGCUGGAGAAGCCUGGCAGGCAGGGACCAAGCAACCUGAAGACUUGACUUUCUAUGCUGUCCUUGCUAAGCAGGCUUUCAGCUCAGGCAGACAGUACUGGGAGGUGGAUGUGACUCAACUACCUCAGUGGGUUCUGGGGAUCUAUACCCCUUAUUUAAGGAGAAAAAGGAGGAGGAAUGUGGACUCCUGUGACUCUGUGUUCCUGCUUCAAUGUGUCAAGAAAGAAGAGGAUUACUGUUUCCAAACCUAUCCUGGACCAUUGAAACAUCGAAUGAAAGGCUCAGUGCCCAGGGUUGGAGUGUACCUGGAAUAUUCCUCUGGCACCCUUGUCUUUUACAACGUUCUGCAGAGCUCCCUCAUUUAUAGAUUUGAUUCUAUUUCCUUUGCAGCACCUGUUACACCCAUCUUUUCUCCUGGCCCUCCACUUCCAGGAAUAAAGGCUGGGAAGACUUGUGAACCCACCACCAGGCUCCCUGACUAUGGGCCUCUGAUUUCCAGCCUUCCCCUGCAGGAGGAUGAUCAUCACCUACUUCAUGAUGAAAGAGAGGCUCCCUGGAGCAGCCGGAGACCUGCCUUCCACACUGCAAGCUGA